CUUACAAAUAACAAAAAGAGUGGGAGAUCUGGUGUUGAGACCGAUGAAGUGCUGGUGUUAGUGAUGGAGGGAGAUUCAGUCACUCUUCACACUGGUAUUAAAAAAACCCUGGAAGACAGAAUUAGAUGGUAUUUCAAUGAGACUCGCAUCGCUCAAAUUAAUGGAGAUCCCAGUAAGACCUGUACAGAUGUUCAGUGUAAUGAAGGUACUGAGAGAUUCAGAGACAGACUGAAGCUUGAUCAUCAGACUGGAUCUCUGACCAUCACGAACACCAGACCCACAGAUUUGGGAGUUUAUCAACUGAAGAUCUUCAGCAGCAGCAGCAUCAGUGAAAAGACCUUCAGCGUUUCUGUCCGUGGUGUUUCUGCUGCUCAACGAGAUGAAAUGAUGAGAAAGUCAGUGAAGGAGGGAGAAUCUGUUACUUUAGAUCCUGCUGUAAUGAAAAACCCAAAUCAUGUGAUGACAUGGUAUUUUAAUGACACUCGCCUCGCUCAAAUCACUGGAGAGCCCAAUAAGACCUGCACUGAUUUUCAUUGUCCUGAGAGAUUCAGAGACAGACUGAAGCUGGAUCUUCAGACUGGAUCUCUGACCAUCACAAACACCAGAACCACAGACUCUGGACUUUAUAAACUACAGAUCAGCAGCGGUCAUCGUCGUCGCCGCAGCAUCAGCAGUGUAAAGAGCUUCGACGUUACUGUCAUCAAUUCAGGUCUGUCUCCAGCUGCUGUAGCAGGAAUAUGUGUUGUUCUUCUGCUGGCGUCUGCAGCAGCUGCUGUGAUUUACUUUCGCCACAGGAGGACAUUCGAGAAGAUCCCAACUUCAGACAAAUCUUAAUGACAAAGCACCUUACCUUUUAUCUUCUUAUGGAAAUGUGAAAUCGCCUGUUACUGGAAGCACACCAUGGCUAUAAAAUGUUUACACACCUCUGUUACAGUUUUAGGCUUUUAAGAUGUAAGGAAUGAGUCUAACUUAAAUCAUAUACAAUCUUUUUCAUCCUUUAAUGCAGCAAUAAAACCAUCUAAGAUAAAUAGACACUUUCAAGAAAAAAUGUAAGAACCUUUCCUGGACCUUUCCCCUUCUGAAGCCAUUCUUUAUUCACUUAAAAUGUUCUUCAUCUUCAGAUUUUAAUGGAGGCCUGCAGAUUUUAUGUCAAAUGGUCUGUGAUGUGGUUUCAUCAGAAAGUUUAUGAUAUAGUCUCAGGGGCCUUUCGGACUGAACCUGUUUUCCAUUCCACUCGGGUACUCUCCGAAUGUUUUUCUGUGUAAUCACAAGCUAGACAGACGUGUUUGACUGCAGCACUCACAUAUUUUACAACAUUCAUUACAUUCCCCCCUAAUACUCCUCGUGUCUCACUUUUUUUAAAGUAAAAAUGUAUUCUUUGUGAAUGGUCCCUUAGGUGUUUCUUUUUUUUUU